AACCAGGUUUGACGUCCAUUAACGUCGGAGCACGUUGGUUGGAGUGUAUGUGAAGAAUAUUUACUUAUCUCGUUUGAAACAUUUUAAUUUUUCGAAUAAUAAAAAUAAUAGGUAUAUAGUUGUGUAUUGAAAUCUGCUUAAAUUUGAAGAUGAUGAACCCUUUUGAAAUAGUGGUGGGAACGUACGAGCAAUAUUUGCUCGGUUACAAAGUAGAUAAUAUCGUUAAUGAAUACAAAAUGGAAAGAACAUUUGCAACUCAUAAUCAUACGAGUAGCGUGCGCUCUGUCGCAAACAAUAAAUAUUACUUAGCUUCUGGUGGAGCAGAUGAUUCUAUUUAUUUAUACGAUAUGCGAUACAGAAUAGAAUCUGGUAGAUUAAUGCAUCAUAACGAUACCGUUAAUUGCAUCGCGUUUACCCCAGAAGCAUCUCAUCUUUUUACAUGUAGCAACGAUGGAACUAUAGCUGCCAUUAGAUGCGGUAAUUGGCAAAUGGAAAAACAUUGGCAAAAAGCGCAUAAAGGUUUAGGUGUAAACACUUUAGCUAUUCAUCCGACAGGAAAAAUAGCACUCUCUACAGGAGCCGAUGGUAUACUUAGAACAUGGAACUUGGUUAAGGGAAGACAAGCGUACGCGACAAAUUUAGUACCAAGGUUAAAGUUGGAUGCUAAAAAUGUUAAUAUUCUCAAGUGGAGUCCAAACGGAGAGAAGUAUUUACUUGCCGUUAAUCAAAGGAUAGACGUAUACUCGGUCGAGUUGGCAGGAAUCGAUAGCGAAAUCAAGUUUGACGCAAAGAUAAUUUGCGUGGAAUUUUUAAGGGAUGAUUUGAUCGCGGUUGGUCUGGAAAAUGGUCAGAUAAAGUUUUACGAUCUUGAAAAGUCUGUACAAACUCUGAAAGCUUUAGCGCACGAUUCUCGAGUUAAAUGUAUGGCUUUUAUGGACGAUUUAUUAGUUACCGCUUCUAGUUCCGGCGAAAUUAAGCUUUGGAGAUAUAGUAAACAUAAAUUGCAUAUGCUGAAAAAUGUUAAUUGCGGUGCCAGAAUUACUUGUCUGUCUCUCGCAAUGCCGUAUAAAAAUUUUCUAUACAAUAAGAAUAAAGUUAAACUGGAUGAGGAAGAAGAGGAAGAGGAAGAGGAAGAGGAAGAGGAAGAGGAAAAGGAAGACGAAAAGAAAGAAGAAGAGGUACUGAGAAAAAAUAGAUUUAAGCUUCGUCAAGAAGUUAUUAUCGAAAAGGAGGGUGAUUGGGAAGUAAGGUCGAUCGAUGCUUCUCCAAAAAAAUUCAUAGAGCAGAAGUGUAAAAAAAGGAGAGGCAUAGAAGAGGCACAAGAGUCAAACGUUCGAGAGAAAAAGAAGAAGAAAUCGAUCGUAAAAAAGAAAAAAAGAGAAGACGAUGUAAUAACCGAUGAUAUUCCCAAAAAGAGAAGCAAGUUCUCGAAUAUAAACGACGAAAACGUUACUUUGAAUAAAAAAAGAAAGAAGCACUUGAUACCAAUAGAAGAAAAUAAUAAUAUAGCCGUAAAGAAAGUUAAGAGAGUAAAGAAAAGUGUUUUAGACUCGAAUGCCGUAACAUUUAAUGGGACAAAUGUAAAGUUGAGGCAAUCGAAAGAAAGCAACGUCACCGACGUUCUUCUAAAGAAAAGAAAAAAGGAAACGAGUAUGAAAGAGAGUGGAAUGGGUUUAAAGAAAAAGAAGAAAAAAACAAUGAAUGAUGACCGAAUUCAACAUUUAUGGGACGUAAAAUUUACUAAAAAAAUUGUCAUGUCAAGUUCCACGUUAGUUCCUACAAAUAAGUCUGUUUUUAUAACUUUACGAUCAAUAUAUGUUUUAUUGUGUAUAUGUAUAUUACAGAGCGUACAGAAAUGA